CCCGGCAUCCAAUCAUAACGCGUCUUGAGCAAAUGGGCGGGACUUUAGCGUCAUUCGCUUCUUCUUCUGUGGUGCUAUCGAAUUCCGGCUGCAUCGUCCUCUGGAAAUCACAACAAUGGGCAGUGUUUUGGCUGCCAGCUCCCCCAACCCUCCACCUCCUUCCUCUGGUGGUGCUGCUGCUGCUGCCCCCGGGUUGACGGUGCCACCAGGCUUUGGGAUGCCUCCGGUCUCUACGGUUAUAUCCCCGACUGGGGCAGCCUCCGGACAGGAGCAGGAGGCAGAACCACCUCUGCCGAACCCCGGUGCAUUUGACGAGUGUCAUCGCAAGUGCAAAGAGGUUUUCCCGAUGCAGAUGGAGGGAGUCCGGCUAGUUGUCAACAAGGGACUGAGCAACCACUUCCAGGUGAAUCACACAGUGCUGCUGAGCACCAUGGGAGAUUCCACCUACAGGUUCGGUGCUACAUACGUUGGAACGAAGCAGAUGGGUCCAGCAGAGUUUUUUCCAGUCAUGGUUGGAGACAUGGACAACAGCGGGAGCCUUAACGCCCAGAUCAUCCACCAGGUCUCCAGCAGAAUACGAUCCAAACUGGCCUUCCAGACACAACAAAACAAGUUCAUGAACUGGCAAGGCGACGCAGAGAUUAAAGGAGAAGAUUUUACUGCAACAGUUACACUUGGAAACCCAGACGUCCUCGUCGGCUCUGGUAUUGUCGUAACACACUACCUCCAGUCCAUAACGCCGGCCCUGGCUCUGGGAGGGGAGCUGGUCUACCACCGCAGGCCGGGAGAGGAAGGCACAGUGAUGUCUCUAGUCGGCAGGUACACAGGCAGCAACUACAUCGCCACGUUGACUCUCGGCUCAGCGGGCGCUCACGCUUCAUAUUAUCACAAAGCCAACGAGCAGCUGCAGCUCGGUGUGGAGUUUGAGGCGAGCACCCGCGGGCAGGACACCAGCGUGUCGUUCGGCUACCAGCUAGAUGUGCCUAAAGCUAAUUUACUGUUUAAAGGUUCAGUAGACAGUGACUGGGUCGUCGGUGCAACGUUAGAAAAGAAGCUGCUCCCGCUGCCGCUCUCUCUGGUCCUCUGCACCUUCCUCAACCACCGCAAGAACAAGUUCCAGUGCGGCUUCGGCGUCACCAUCGGUUAGCCCGACUCUCUGAGCGAACGGCGGGGUAAUCGACCCGCAGACUGACUUCACAGAACGGACAGACUCACUACGGACGAGCAGACUUUGUCAUGUACAACACUGUGUGUGCCAUCACUUCAACCCGUCGCUCGAUUUGGCCGUUAUCAUGCUAUUGGUUUCAUCAAAACGUGGUGAAUUAGAAGGUAAUAAUGUAAAUCUGAUGCAUUUAAUCCAGUAAGAAGAAUCGCCUGAUGACGAGAAGUAAAACUAAUAAUGUGAUUGGUCAGGAAUUUAUUGACUCGACGAACCCGUAGAACGACGUAACACAUUACAGAGCUCUUUGUUUCUGUCACUGAGUUCAGUGCCUGUCGCUCCAGUGUUGAAUUUUAUUCCUGUUUUUUUUUUUACUGUUAAAGUCCGUCUUGCUGUGCAGUGAAUGAAGUUGUCGUCAUUUGCUUGUUUAGAGGUGAUUUAUUGGUUACAGACGAGUUUACCAGGAGGGAGUGUA